AUGGCAGGAGCCAAGAGGCCAGCAAAUGCAGAUCUGAUUUCUGAAACCUCUAAAGAGUCAAAGCCAGGGUUAGGCCCCCAUACCGUCAUUCGUCUCGGGCCAAAUAGAAAUGCAAAUGGAAGCGCAAAUGGCAUUCAAGAAUCCAUUUCUGUAGAGUCCGCACGAGCCUCAUUGGCCACAGCAAAUCGAUUUACAGCCAGCAGGAUCCUGGCUCAGGGUGCGACACCUCCGGAAGAGGAGCAACCGAAGACUGUAAUCGCCCCAGUCUCUAGUCAAAAUCCUCUCCUGUCACUUGCCAACCCUAAAUAUGGUCUGCCUGACGCGCUCACUGCUAAUUUCACUUCGUUGGGUGUUUGCACUAUUUAUCCUUGGCAGGCGUCGUGCCUCCUGGCUAGAGGGUUGCUAAGUGGAGAACGACACUUAGUUUACACAGCCCCCACUGGUGGAGGGAAGUCCCUAGUUGCCGAUGUCUUGCUGCUAAAACGCGUCAUUGAGAAUCCUACCCGUAAAGCUAUUCUGGUUCUACCAUAUGUCGCUUUGGUUCAAGAGAAACUGAAAUGGUUGCGUCGAAUUGUUCAAGGGGUUGAAAAGGUAAUUCCUGACGAUGAAGAUGACCACUCUUUUCCCCACAAGCGAUGGAAGAAAUUAUCAAAGGGAAUCCAGGUGACUGGGUUCUUUGGAGGAAAUCGGACGAAUGUGACUUGGGCAGAUACUGAUAUCGCUUUCUGUACUAUAGAGAAGGCAAACUCAUUAAUCAACACCGCUAUUGAAGAAUGUAGUAUUGGUGAUCUGGGUGUGGUCGUGAUCGACGAGCUCCAUAUGCUUGAUGAUGAGCACCGAGGAUACCUCCUUGAACUCAUGGUCACCAAGCUGUUGUUGCUUCAGCAGGAUAUACAGAUCGUGGGCAUGAGCGCUACACUAUCGAAUACUGAGAUGUUGGCGAAGUGGAUGGAUGCUAAGUUUUACAUCUCCACUUUUCGCCCAGUGCCCAUUGACGAGUAUUUGGUCUAUGAGGAUGCAUUUUAUCCUGCUGCGACUUCAAGACAGCUGUUUCAGACGGCAUCCAAGCUCGCAGCUUCAACUCCCAUUCAUGAAUCAAUCCCUCCUCAUCGGAUUGUUGAGGCGUCGGCUUUCAAGGAACUCAGCAACCCUGCCACAAACUCCAUGGUGGCGUUGGCAGUUGAGACUGCCGCAGUAGGCUAUGGGGCAUUGGUAUUCUGUGGUAGUCGGCAAGCGUGUCAAACUAAUGCUGCUAUUAUCAGUGAAGCGAUGCCUUAUCUGCCUCCCGGUGAAUCAGAUGAAUUAAGCAAGCGUCUAGAUCUUCUUGCUGAGCUGCGUAGUCUCGUGUGUGGUCUAGAUCCAGUCUUACAGACUACGAUUAUCAAGGGCGUGGGCUUUCACCAUGCCGGAAUGACCACAGAAGAGCGAGAGUUGAUCGCUGCCGCGUACGAUCAGGGUGUACUCAGAGUCCUUGUUGCCACUUGCAGUCUAGCUGCUGGAGUCAAUCUCCCCGCUCGACGAGUCAUUAUCAAUGGUGCUCGAAUGGGCCGAGAACUAGUUGGACCUGCGAUGCUGCGCCAGACGUGCGGACGUGCGGGGCGAAAGGGCAAGGAUGAUGCCGGAGAGACGUAUCUCAUAUGUGUCAAGGCCAACAUGGAAGCUGUAUGCGAUCUGAUUGAUGCUGAUAUGCCUUCCAUUGAAAGCUGUCUAGCACCUGAGAAACGAGGACUGAAGAGGGCACUUCUUGAAGCCAUCGCAACAGGCUUACAAUGCCACGGCUUUGCUGCCGGUAUCGUCAAGUUCUGUCAGCGCAUGAACUGGGGUAUGCUCGCCGCUGUGCUGGACCACAUGCGUGAUAAAUUGGAAGCAGGCGCGCGUGCAGAUCUACUCGAAAUGGCCCAAGUGACGUUUGUAAAAAGUUGGACAGCUCGUUUACUGAGGGAAAAUGGGUACCGUAACCUACGGGCUUUGGCUGAGGCUGAUCCUAAGGAUUUAGUGCCUGUGCUUAUGAUUGCAAAUCCUCGCAAAACACAGAAAAGUCAGCUGUAUCCCACUGAAGCUGAGAGAUAUGAAGCUAUGCUUUUGCUUAAGGCUGAGACUAUUGUUUCUUCUGCAAGUAUGAUCUGGGAACGAGAAAUGCGGGUCGAGGUUGAGGAAUGA